AUGGGCCGCAGCGACGUGCGUCGUGGCAAGGGCGCAAGGCCGGCGGCGAAGCAGGCUGCUCCGCCGAAGGAGAGUCAAGACAAGCCUAUCACGGAAUUGCACAUCAGCAAUGACCUGGACGACGAAGAAGCACUGCAUGAAGGCGAGGACGAGGCGGGUAUUUCGCAACAGGGCCUGGAGCGCAUGAUGCGCGCACUCGGCGAGGAUGGCCUGAGUGAGAUGGACCUGGCAAUGUUGGAGCAGCUCCGUGCUGAGCGAGGUGAUGAGGAGGACGACGACGACGAUGAUGAAGAGGAGGAGAAGGAAGAGGAGGACCUCGUUGAUGAUACGGAAGAGGCGGAAGACGGGGAGGACGAAGUCGAUGACCUCAUUGACGACGAGGCGGAGGAUGAGGAAGAGGACAAAGAGGAUGACGACCUCAUUGAUGACGAGGCUGAAGAGACGGAAGAUGAGGACGACGAAGACGGAGACCUUCUUGAUGACGAGGCUGGAGAGGCGGGGAGUGAGGAUGAGGAAGACGAGGACAAAGAUACGACCAACGAAUCCUCACAUGCAAAUGCACCCAAAGACUCGCUUGCGGCCAGUAUUCUCCGCAGUGGGCUAGUGCCCGACGAGGAGGAGGACGAGGACGACGAGGAGGACGAAGAGGACGAGAACGAUGAUGCGGAAGAGGACGCGGAACCGGUUGAGAUGGAUGCUGUGCCGUCAGGGACGCAGUUGACUGAGAAGGAGCUGGCAUCGCGCCACCACCGCAUCCGCAUCAACCACACUGACGCGCUGGAACGUGUGUACGAUGAUUUCCGUCUCGACGCGCCGUCGGCGCAAGGCAAGAUGCCGUGGAUCGAGACCAUGUCACUGACACACGACAAGAUACUUGCAGAUGAGGUCCCCGACGUGCAGAAUGACUUGGACCGCGAGCUGGCGUUUUACCGGCAGGCACUGGCGGCCGCCGUGCAGGGCCGCCAGCGAGUACUGGAAGCCGGCGUGCCGUUCAGCCGCCCAAGCGACUACUUUGCCGAGAUGCUCAAGACCGACGAGCACAUGGAGCGUGUGCGCCAGCGCCUGCUUGACGAGAGUGCGAGUAUCAAGGCGUCGGAGGACGCCAAGCGGCAGCGUGAGCUCAAGAAGUAUGGCAAGAAAAUACAAACGGAGAAGCUACUGGAGCGCCAGCGCAGCAAGAAGGAGAUGGAAGACAAGGUCCAAGCGCUCAAACGCAAGCGGUCGUCGGGCUUUGAGCUGGACGACGACGAGUUUGAUGUGCAGCUCGAAGAGGCCCUUGGCGAGCGCAAGGCCGGGGCACGGCAGCCGCGCGGCAAGAUGAGCCGCCAGAGCCGCGAUGCCAAGUAUGGCUUCGGCGGCAAGAAGCGGCACCAAAAGUCCAACACGGCCGAAAGUACCGAUGCAUGGGGCGGCGCGCGGCGCAAGCCCGGGCCGGCGCAUGGCAAGGCGAAGAAGGCCCAGCGCCCCGGCAAGUCCAAGCGCGCGGCGCGGCGCUAG